AUGGGAAAGAAGAAAGGGAUUAUGGGUCUGAUUGAUGAAGAAGCAAACAAAAUUCUUUACAUUAGUUUAUUAACAAAUUGGAGGGAGAUAUACUGUUCCAAAUCAAUAGUAUGUGAAAAAUUAAAAGUGAUUGGGAUUCCUGAGAGUAAGAAGUGCACAUUUCCAUUGAAGAGAAGGAUGGAAUAUGUUGUUGCUGGUUUUGUUGCAGAGAAAGUAUUAGGGGAGUUGCUAAAAUCUGUGAAGGAAGCAAUGAAGAAGAAGAAAAAGUUAGAAACUACCUUGAAGAGUAUGGAAUCCAAGCUCAACUCCAUAAUUCCAGUCGUCAAAAGCAUAAAUGAGUUAAACAUAAAGUUGGAUCGUGAAGAUGAGGACAUGGGGAGAUUGUGGAAACAAAUAAAAGAAGGGCAGAAACUUGUUAGGGAGUGCUCAAAAGGAAGCCGUUGUCGUGCUUGCUUUAAAAAGCCUAAUUGCACUGAGGAACUUCGCGAUUUGGAUAACUCACUUAAAACGUUCUAUGAUUUUGUUUUACCAUUGAAAGAAGCAAAGAUUCUGAUUGAAACUAGGGAAGAUGUCCAAGAAAUUUUGGACAAGGCAAAGCGCAUUGAUGAGAAGGUGGAACUUACACAUGGUGAGGUUAAAGGCAUUCAUAAAGAGCUCCAAAGCCGAAAGAGCCCUGCAUCUUUGCCUUUGUAUCUACCUCCCGACCCACCAGCGAUUGUUGUCGGAUUGGACAAGCCAUUGAAGGAUUUGAAGACAGAACUGGUCAAGAAUGGAUUCUCCGUGGUAUUAAUUACUGCUCCUGGAGGAUAUGGAAAGACCACGUUGGCUAAAAAACUUUGUCACGAAGAAGAUAUUAAAGGGAAAUAUAAAGACAACAUCUUCUUUAUUACUGUCUCCAAAAGACCAAACCUGAAGGUAAUUGUACAGAAUCUAUAUCUGCGUAUGGGAUAUUCACAUGUGCCUGAGUUUCAAAGUGACGAUGAUGCUGUCAACAACUUGGAGCAACUGCUGAAGCUAACAACGCCCAAUCCUAUACUGCUAGUCCUGGAUGAUGUUUGGCCCGAAUCGGAAUUCCUCAUCGAUAAACUCAAGUUCCAGAUUCCAGAUUACAAGAUUUUGGUGACCUCAACAUGUGUGUUUUCGAGAUUUACUUCUACUCACAAGCUGCAGCCAUUGAAUGAUGUAAAUGCCACGGUUCUUUUCACUAGCUCAGCAAUUUUACCACAUCUGAGCUCUUACAUUCCAGAUGAAAGUAUCUUGAAUAAGAUAGUGAAAGCCUGUAAGGGGAAUCCACUGGCGCUUACAGUUGUUGGAAGAUCAUUGUGUGGGCAACCUGCAGUAGUCUGGCAAAAUACUGUGAUGGAAUUGUCUAAAGGUGGUUCUAUUGUCGAAUCAAACGCUACUCUGCGUGAUUGUCUUCAACAAAGCUUGGAAGUCUUGGAUAAUAAGGUCAACGUGAAAGAGUGUUACAUGGACCUAGUUUCAUUUCCUGAAGGCCAAUGGAUCCCUGCCACUGCUCUCAUAGAUAUGUGGGUGGAAUUGUAUGAUCCAGAUGAAGAUGGAGUGAAUUCUGUUGCCAUGCUCCAUCACCUUGACGCCCUGAACCUUGUUAAUCAUGAAGUGGGAAGGAAAGAUAACGGUGAAAUCGACGGCUACUACAACAACCACCAUGUUAUGCAGCAUGAUCUUCUUCGACAACAUGUCAAUGAUCAAAUCAGCUCAGAGCCUGUCGAACAAAGGAAACGACUGAUCAUAGAUAUAAGUGGAAACAAACUUCCAAAGUGGUGGAGGGAACAACGAAAGCAACACCUCAGUGCCUGCCUCUUAUCUAUCACUACAGAUGAAACGUUUUCACUGAAGUGGUCUAACAUGCAAGCACCUGAAGUUGAGGUUCUAAUUCUGAACGUUCGAUCAAAUAACUACAUGCUACCUGAGUUUGUGAAGAAAAUGGAUAAACUAAAGGCUCUCUUAAUCACAAACUAUGGUUUUGUGCCAGCUGAAAUAAGUAAUUUCCCACUUCUUUCUUCUCUGCUCGAUCUGAAGAGAAUUAGGCUGGAGAAAGUUUCAAUUGCAUCACUUAGCUUGUCCUCUCUGGAACUGAAAAAGCUGCAAAAGAUUUCCUUAGUUAUGUGUAACAUUGGUCAGUCUUUUACUAACUCUAGAAUUCAGAUAUCAAGUUCCUUCUCAAACCUGUCUGAGAUCAGCAUUGACUGUUGUAUUGAUCUGAAGAACCUUCCUGAUUGGUUUUGUGAUCUCGUUCACCUAAAGAAACUCAGUAUCAGUAGCUGUUGGGAGCUGUCUGAACUUCCCAAGGAAAUUGGUAAGCUGGUGAAUUUAGAAGUGCUUACCCUUCACUUCUGUAUUCAAUUGGUAGAGUUGCCAAAAGCUAUCGGGAACUUGUCGAAGUUGAGUAUUCUUGACAUAUCUGACUGCGCAAACAUCAGUCGCUUGCCAGAACAGAUCGGAGGGCUACGUAAUUUAAGAAAGCUAUACAUGAAAGGGUGCUCAAUUUCAGAGCUGCCGUUGUCAGUUAUGGAUCUUAAACGUUUAGAAAUUGUCAUGUGUGACGACGAAGCUGCCAUUUUGUGGACAUCUUUCAUCCAAGAGCUCCCAAAUCUAAAGAUUAAGGCUCGGUAA